AUGCCUCUAUCGGAGACAACUCCGCUUCUCGUGGUGCAAACUGCUCCCAGGCGACACCGAUAUCCUCAUCAUACCCUCCGUCGCACAUGCACCGCCAUCCUAUGUCUUGUACUUCUUAUUGCAGUGACACUAUUCCUCUUACCAAUUAAGCUUUUAUCGCGCGAGGACGGUGCUCCAUGGGUGUACGGUCCAUGGUCCAAGCCCUACCCUCAAUCAUGGCCACAUGGAAACGGUCUGUCCAAUGCAGAGCUGCGCGCACUUUUACACGAGACCCCUACAGCAGAGAAGAUUGAAGAGUGGAGUAAAUACUAUACGGCUGGUCCACACUUGGCUGGCGCCAAUUUCUCGCAGGUGCUUUGGACCCAGGAAAAGUGGAAGGAGUUUGGUGUCGAGGACACAACGAUUGCCACCUACGAUGUUUAUAUUAAUUAUCCGCUAGACCACCGUCUCGCGCUCUUGAAUAAGAAGGGUGAAGAUGACUAUGAAGUCGCUUACGAGGCGAGUCUAGAGGAGGAUGUUUUGGAUGAGGAUGGUACAAGUGGUCUGCCAGACCGUAUCCCGACGUUCCAUGGCUACUCGGCUUCUGGAAACGUUACUGCGCCGUUCGUAUAUGCAAACUUUGGUACAUUUCAGGACUACCAGGAUCUGGUUGAUGCAGGCAUCUCUGUUGAGGGCAAGAUCGUGAUUGUCAAAUAUGGCGGUAUCUUCCGCGGUCUCAAGGUAAAGCGUGCGCAAGAUCUGGGUGCCGUGGGUGUGAUCAUCUAUUCAGAUCCCCAGGAAGAUGGCGAUAUUACCGAGUUGAAUGGGUAUGAGGCAUAUCCUGCUGGACCUGCUAGGAAUCCAAGUGCAGUUCAAAGGGGCAGCGUUCAGUUUCUCAGCAUUGCACCAGGUGACCCAACCACUCCCGGGUAUGCAUCGAAGCCAGGCGUCGAGCGACAGCCUCCAGAACACUCCAUCCCGUCGAUUCCAUCUCUCCCCAUCUCAUACACCGACGCCUUGCCACUUCUCAAAGCUCUAAAUGGCCACGGUCCCAAGGCAGCUGAUUUCAAUGACUUCUGGCAAGGCGGCGGCUUAGCUCAUAAGGGUGUUGACUACAACAUUGGACCUACUCCGGAUGACGUGGUUAUCAACCUGCACAAUCUUCAAGACUACGUCACAACUCCUCUGUGGAAUGUCAUUGGUGUUAUCAAGGGCACUAUUCUGGAUGAGGUGGUCAUUUUAGGAAACCAUCGUGACGCCUGGGUCGCAGGUGGUGCCGGUGAUCCCAACAGUGGCUCGGCAGCUCUCAACGAGGKUGUGAGAAGCUUUGGUGAGGCUCUCAAGGCAGGAUGGAAGCCUCUCAGGACGAUUGUCUUUGCCAGCUGGGAUGGCGAGGAGUAUGGUCUAGUUGGUUCUACCGAGUGGGUGGAAGAGCAAUUGCCAUGGCUCACAGUCGCAAAUGCGGUCUAUCUCAAUGUCGAUGUGGCGUCAAGUGGUCCUAUAUUUGAUGUCAGCGGCAGCCCUCUACUCAAUAAGGCCGUUCACGAAGUCACGAGGACAGUCCAGUCACCAAACCAGACGGUCAAGGGUCAGUCAGUUUUAGAUGCCUGGGGCGGCCACAUUUCUUCGCUUGGUAGUGGAAGUGACUAUACCGCUUUCCAGGAAUUUGCUGGCGUGCCUAGUGUCUCCUUUGGAUUUAAAGGUGGAAAAACGAGUGCGGUCUACCAUUACCAUUCCAACUACGACAGCUUUGACUGGAUUAAACGCUUUGGUGACCCUGGCUGGAAGUACCACGUUACCACUGCCAAGAUUUUCUCCUUGCUUGGGGCCUACUUCUCCGAGAAACCUGUCUUGGGCUUCAAUGCUACGGACUAUGCCAUUAAUUUGCAGAAGUAUGUUAACAACAUCAGAUCACACGCCGACAAUCUCCCAAAAAAGACUCAUUUCAGCUUUGGACCUUUGGAGCGAUCAAUUGCCGAUUUCUACGAUGCUGCAGUAGAAUUCGACGCAUAUGCUGCCAAGGUUGAAUCUGAGCUAGAUCAAGAGGAGCCGUGGUACCACUGGUGGAAAAAGCUACAGCUAUGGUUCAAGGUGCGCGCUAUCAACACAAAGUACAAGACUUUGGAAAGAAAGUUCCUGUAUGAAGCUGGCUUGGAUGGACGAAGCUGGUUUAAGCAUGUUGUCUUUGCUCCGGGUCUUUGGACUGGGUAUGCUGGAGCGACCUAUCCUGGUCUGGUUGAGAGUUUGGAUGCGGGUAAUGUUACAAACGCUGUGAGAUGGAGUGAGAUUAUCCAGGAACGACUUGGUGUGGCGACUAAGCUGCUUGAAUAG